AUGACUGGCUCCCCCUCAGGAAAGGCAAAGGCCCUGGGAUCUCCGCCUCUUCUUCUCCUCCCAGGAAAGCCGAGCUCGCCCUACCUGCAUGGGCUCGUGAUCGUAGACGGGGCUGACCAUGUCCCUGCCGCUGACUCAGACAUCGCUCCGUACUUUAAAACGGAUGCAGGGGGUGCACAGACACACCUGGAGGGGAACAGACUUGUGCUCACCUGUCUGGCUGAGGGCAGCUGGCCGCUGGAGUUCAAAUGGAUGAGAAACAGCACAGACAUCACUAAAUACACACCAGAGUACAGGUACACGAUUACAUCGUUAAAGCGUGAGGAUGCAGGUGUAUAUCAAUGUGCGGUGAGGAACAGGAUGGGAGCGCUGAUCCAGACAAGAGCUGAUGUUCGCGUGGCUUACAUGGAUAACUUUCCUGAACUGGAACAGAGAAAAACAGUCUCUCAGGGAAGGGCCGCUGUCUUGAAUCCUCCCGCUGUGACCAGUUACCCUCGCCCUCAGGUCACAUGGUUCAGAGACGGCAUCAAGAUCAUUCCCAACCAUCGACUAGCAAUUACACUGGACAAUCAGCUUGUAGUUUUGGGGACGUCAGCAGCAGAUGCGGGCCGGUAUUAUGUAGAGGCCGUUAAUGAACGUAACGGAGAAAACAAAACCAGCCCUUCCAUUUACCUGAGUGUAGCAAACGUUAUUGCCCCAGCUGAAUUGGUUGCCCCGGUGAUAGUGAUUGCACCUAAGAACACAUCAGUGGUUGCUGGGGCGAGUGAGACUACUCUUGAGUGCGUCGUUAAUGCGAGAUCUCUUGACAGGCUGCAGGUGUUCUGGAAGCGUAAUGGGGUGAGACUAACAGCAGGAGUGGACUCGUUUGGUCGCAGGCUGGUCAUCAGUAACCCUACCUCAGUGGACAUGGGUCUGUACGUGUGCGAGGCUGCGCUCAGAAACAGCACUCAAAAGAGCACAGAGGCCAAAGCGUACCUCUCCGUGCUGGAGCCUCCAUACUUCAUGGCAAAACCGAUGAGGUCGGUGAUAACAGAAGUUGAGAAAACCGUGGAGCUUCACUGUCAGGUCAAAGGGGUUCCCACACCGAAGCUCGAGUGGUUCAAAGAUGCCAUCACCCUCUCCACACUGAACAACCCUCGAUACAAGCUCACCUCCUCCUCAAUGGUUCUGCAAGUGCGGAGAAUUCAGCCGGAUGAUGCCGGAAUAUUCCAGUGCUUCGCUGAAAACAUGGCUGGAGAAAUCCAGGCACACACCAACUUGGUCGUCACAAGCGUGUCACCAUCUUUCACCACGCCCCCUUCUGACAUCACUGUGACUGACGGAACGUCAGCAGUCUUCACCUGUGACACAUCUGGUGCGCCGAAACCUGCCAUUGUUUGGAGGAAUGGUUCUCAAGUGUUAGCCAGCGGAUCGGUGCAGAUGCCUCGCUUCACUCUGCUGGAGUCCGGAGGCUUACAGAUACUCCCCAUAAUGCCGAGCGACGCAGGAAACUAUACGUGCUUGGCAUCUAACUCUGAGGGACUGGUCAACGCAACCAUGGCCCUGACAGUCUUGAGUCGAACCUUCAUUUCGACACCCCCUGAGGAUCAGCGUGUCAUCAAGGGAACUACCGCUGUGCUGAAAUGCACAGCAACCCACGACCCCAGAGUCACAGUCAGAUAUGCAUGGAAGAAAGGAACCAAGCCGCUGAGCCUGUCGACUGGUGGGCGAGUGUCAAUGAAGGAAGGUUCACUCCACAUCAGCCAGACGUGGUCCGGAGACAUCGGUGACUACACCUGCAGGGUCAUCUCACCUGCUGGAAACGACUCGAAAACUGCCCGACUGGAAGUCAUAGAACUUCCCCAUUCUCCACGUAACCUACAGGUGGCUCUGAAUGAGACCGACAGCAGAACAGUUCUUCUGUCAUGGGUUCGGCCCUUUGAUGGGAACAGUCCUCUACUGCGUUACAUCAUUGAGCUCUCUGAGAACAAUUCUCCAUGGAAAAUCUACAUGGAUGAUGUUAGUCCUGCACUAACCAGUUUGCUAGUAAUUGGUCUAACACCAGCAAGAACGUACCAGUUCAGAGUGUGUGCUAUCAAUCAGGUGGGACGUGGACAGUACAGCGCUGAGACCAACAGGCUGAUGCUGCGAGAGGAACCACCCAGUGCACCUCCAAAAAACAUUGUGGCUAGUGGCCGUACCAACCAGAGCAUCAUGGUCCAAUGGCAGCCGCCCCCAGAGCCACAGCUCAAUGGAGUCCUGAGAGGCUAUGUGCUCAGGUACAGAUUGGCAGGUCUGCCUGGUGAGUUUCAGCUGAAGAACAUCACCAGUGCAGAGAUUAAUUACUGUCUAAUUGGAGAGCUCAUCAUCUGGACGCAGUAUGAGAUCCAAGUGGCUGCCUACACUGGAGCGGGCCUGGGGGUGUACAGCCAGUCUGUUACUGAGUACACACUGCAAGGAGUCCCCACAGCGCCCCCACAAGACGUGGAUGCUGUUGCGCUCAACUCCACCACCAUCAAAUUCACCUGGACACCACCACCCCAGCAGUUUAUCAACGGCAUCAACCAGGGAUACAAGCUGCUGGUGUGGCCUGAACACUGUCCGGAAUGCAUUACCAUGGUGACCAUUGCCCCUGAGUUCCACGGGUCACGUCACUAUGGUUACGUUAGCAAUUUAAGAAAGUUCACGUGGUAUGAGACAGUAGUGCUGUGCUUUACCACUCCUGGCGAUGGACCAGCUAGCACACCACAGCUCAUCCAGACUCAUGCUGACAAACCGGGCCCGGUGACUCAACUGAGUUUCACUGAGAUCUUGGACACAUCUCUGAGGAUCAGCUGGCAGGAACCGGAAGACAAGAACGGCAUCAUCACAGGUUAUGUGUUGUGUUGGGAGGAGGCCGGUCAGAACGAAACCCGUGUAUCUCAGAAUCUGUCCAAUUCUACGCUGGUGUACGAAGUGACCGGGCUUACUUCACUCACCACGUACACUCUGCAGGUGGCUGCGGUUACACAGGCCGGCACCGGUACUGCCACCUCGUCCACCAUCUCAACAGGACUGCCACCAGAGCUUCCUGGCGCACCGUCCAAUCUGGUCAUCUCCAACAUCAGUCCUCGCUCCAUCACCAUAAAGUUCCACCCCGGCAGUGACGGCAAAACCGCCAUCUCCAAAUGGAUCGUAGAAGGACAGGUGGGGACUGUGGGUGAGGACGAGGAAUGGAAGCUUCUGCAUGAGAUAGACAGUCCACCAGCCUCAGACACUCUGGAAAUUCCCAAUCUCAUUCCCUUCACUCAGUACAGGUUCAGGAUGAAGCAGGUGAACAUUGUGGGUUCGAGUCCCUUCAGUCAGCCCUCUCGUAUGAUGCAGACCCUGCAGUCUAGUCCAGAUGUUUCCCCGACAAAUCUCAUAGUCAUUUCUGCAAGUGAAACAAGUUUAAGGAUUCGCUGGGAGCCGCUUCCAGAGGCAGCUUAUAACGGAAAUCCUGAAAGCGUGGGUUACCGUGUACGUGCACAGAGAGCAGACGGGCUUGGCCUGCCCCGGAUGGAGACCAUUUCUGAACGCCUCUCUCGUGAGGUGACGGUGGAGGGACUUGAGGAAUGGACGGAGUACGAGCUGAGUAUUCAGGCUUUCAACGGCAUCGGGCCUGGACCCUGGAGCAGUCCUGUACUGUGCAAAACCAAAGAGUCAGUUCCCUCCGGUGCCCCAGAAAAUGUGAGCGCAGAAGCGGUGAGCUCCACAAGUAUAUUGGUCACCUGGGGUUCGGUCCCUGAACACCAGAAGAAUGGACACAUCCUUGGUUACAAGGUAUUAUACAGAGAAAAAGAUUUAGAGCGGGCUCCCCAGGUCCAGCUGGUGAACGGGAACCAAACUCACUUGCUUCUUUUAAAAAACCUCAGGAAAUUCAUCCUGUAUGAGGUUCAGGUGCUCGCAUUUACACGUGUCGGAGAUGGACCACCCAGCCUCCCCCCCACAGUUGAAAGAACCAAGGAUGAUGUUCCCGGUCCACCUGUCAGGUUGGUGUUUCCAGAAGUGCGCCUCACGUCUGUCAGAGUCGUCUGGCAACCUCCCUCCGAGCCAAACGGCAUCAUUAUGGGUUAUCAGAUUUCUUACCGUUUGGAUAUCAACGACCCCAACAAGUUCACCACGGUUGAAGUGGGAUCCAACGCACGUCAGUUCACAGUAACAGGACUGAUUCCAGAAUCAGUGUAUGUGUUCCAAAUCACAGCGCGCACACAACAGGGAUGGGGACCCUCGGAGGAGGCCAUCGUCAUUACAACAGAAAAAAGAGAGCGGCCACAGCCCCCUCGACGGCUCACCGUGCCUCAGAAAGGGGUUGAAUCUAAUAAGCUUCGACUUCAUUGGACGGCGGGGGGAGACGGCUCUUCCCCAGUGCGCUACUUUACCCUGCAGACAUUAGAGCGCCCGGACGGCGAGUGGAAGACCCACACAUCCUCCAUCAGUCAUAAUAACACCUCUUGGGAGGUGGAUAGACUGAAGCCGUACACCUCUUACAAAUUUAGAAUGAUGGCCACAAAUGAUGUGGGAGACAGUGCUUUCAGCAAAGAAACCGAGCCAGUUACCACUCUGCAGGACGUGCCAGAUGAAGCGCCUGUCAUUUUGAACAUCAAACCUUCAACCACAACAUCUGUGAUUGUCCAGUGGCAGCCGCCUGCUGAGGGAACUGUCAAUGGGAUUCUUGUGGGAUAUCGCGUGUAUUACCGUGAACUUCCACGUGAGAACAAUCCAGAAGAGCCAAAGACAGCAACCAACCAAUCAACAAUCAGUCCUGAGCUCAGAGCUAAGAGCACUUUUAAGACAGUCAGCAGCCCUUCAUUAACUGAAUUUGAAUUAACGCAACUCAGCAAGUACAGACGAUACACGAUUGUCAUGACAGCAUUUAAUGUUGUUGGAGAGAGCCCUUCAAGUGCACCUGUUGAGGUGUUUGUGGGAGAAGCAGCUCCUUCAGUGGCUCCUCAGAACAUACAGGUGAAAUCUGUGUCCUCCAGUCAGCUGGAUAUAGAGUGGCAGCCUCCACCCUUCGAGACACAAAAUGGAAAUAUUCAAGGAUACAAGAUUCAUUACUGGGAAAAGAAAAGACAGAACGAGACGGAGAAGGAGCUGGUUUUGUUUGUUCCAGAUACAUCUGUGCACCUGAAGAACCUGUCAUCCUACACUAGCUACCUUGUGCAAUUGUCUGCAUUUAACACAGCGGGGGACGGGCCGCUCAGUGCAGCCCGUGAAGGACGCACCCUGCAGGCUGCUCCUGGAGCACCCAGUCAUAUGGUGUUUUCAGAGGUGACAGGAAGCUCACUGAAUGUGUCAUGGGGAGCUCCUCUGCAGCCCAAUGGAGUGGUGGAAGGCUACAGAGUGGUCUAUGAGCCCACUUCACCAGUUCAUGGUGUCAGUAAGACGGUUACAGUGGAGAUCAAGGGGAACUGGCAGCGCUGGCUGAAGGUCCGAGACCUGGUGAGGGGUGUGAUCUAUCGCUUCAAGGUUCAGGCCAGAACUAUUAGUUAUGGAGCCGAACUGGAAGCCAAUAUCACUGCAGGACCAGUGGAAGGCUCCCCCGGUUCGCCCUUACAAACAUCAGUCACGAAGUCGGCAUCAGCUUUGAUGCUUCAUUGGUCACCGGGUGCAGAAGGGGCGGGACCUGUCACAGGAUACGUCAUUGAGGCUCGUCCAUCAGAUGAAGGAUUGUGGGAUACGUUUGUCAAGCAUCUCCCACCUGGCAGCUUCUCGUACACCAUCAGUCUGGACCGCCUACGCUCAGGUGUGGCCUAUGAAUUCCGUGUCAUCGCAGUCAAUCGUUUCGGUUUCGGUGACCCCAGUCCGCCUUCCACUGCAAUGUCUGCUCUGUCUGAAACGCCUUUCUAUGAAGAGUGGUGGUUCCUGAUCGUCAUGGCGUUGAUCAGUCUCAUUUUCAUUUUGAUGGUUGCGUUUGGUUUGUUCCUGCUCGGACAGAACAAGAAGUACAGGAGCUGUGGAACAGGAAAGCACAUAACGACAGUAGAAGAGUCUGUAACUCUUGACAAUGGCGGCUUCACGGCUCUAGAGCUGAACAGCAGACAUCUGAACGUGAAGAGCACUUUCUUAAAGAAGAAUGGAACAAGAUCUCCUCCACGGCCCAGUCCAGGUGGGCUGCACUACUCUGAUGAAGACAUCUGCAACAACUAUAACGGGGCUGUUUUAACAGAGAGCACCACCCUAACAGAGAAACCCACUGAGCUGUCAGAGUCAGAGGUCAGCGACAGCGACGACGAAGACGAGCAGCCCAAGCACUCGUUCGUAAAUCACUACAUGAGCGACCCCACCUAUUACAACUCAUGGAAGCGGAAGCCUAAAGGCGUGAAGACUGGAGGAGGGUUCGAGGAAAGUGCCAUGACGGAUGCAGAGGGAGGGUAUUAUCAGACUGUGGUGACCCAGCACAGUGUAGGAGGCGUCUACACCCCCACGGGACAGCCCGCACCCGGAACACGCACUCCAGUUACCGGCUUUUCCUCCUUUGUCUAAUGAAUCCAUGACUUGAGACUAAAGAGGAAGUCACUUACGACUGGAAGUAGAGCCCUAAUCCUGGACCAAUCAAACUGCUGUGCUGGUUAUUUCAGAGUAACAGCAAAGAAUGUGUUCUCCUGGAAAUGAACAAGUUUCUCAUGUGUAUUUUUGGCCUCAUCUCUUCAAGGAAGGGAGGAGGGUAUUGAAGUAUCUUAUUGUUAACAUGUUAAUGAUUUUUGGGUGGAUUUUCGCAGAUCAACCAUGACCCAGAAGAAGCGGAGACUUUGCACUGUGAGACUCUUUAGUAAGAGGUGGUAUUCAUUUUAAAGACUCAAAAACCUUCAAAGACGGAUGAAGCAAAUUCCUUUAUGAAUUCCCGUUCUAUAGCAACCUUCCAGGAUAAGUCGUAAUGUGUGGGCAAAGACAUGCUGGAGUGAUUCACUGAACCUCACUCUGAUCUCCAAAACUCUAAUUGAAGUUGAAUCAUCAGCGGAAACUUGUACAGUGUGUUAUAGACUGGAACAAUAAUGUGUUUUGUGUGUGGUUUAUUUCCAUGUUGGGGACAGGCGGUUACAUUCUGGACAAAAAGCAGAGUUGAAAAUACUGCCUUUGCACAUGUAUUGCUCUCUUAAACCAAAAGAGGGAUGCUUUCAGCGAGAAAAGAAAGAAAAUGUGUGCUCGCAACAGACCGUUUUCUUAGGUUAGCAAUACUGUAUGUAAAAUAUUCUGUAUGUGUGUAUAUUUUUAGGAUCAAUUUUGUACAAAAACAAAACGUUUUUUUUACUGUAGAGUAGAUUUGUGCCAAGUCAGUGUAGUUUUUAGUGAUGCCCACAGCGGAUCAUUUCUGCAAGUCACAAUCCACAGUGUUUGUUUGACUGGCUUGCAGUCUAUGUACAAUCCAGACACCCAGAGGGGUGAUAAGAAAUGUGCAACACCGUCCCUCUAAUCCAAAUAUACACCGAUUUCUCAUGUGCUUCAAUGCUGAACAAAUAUUUAUUUCAGUAUGAAAGAACAUCAGUGCUAAAUUGAAUACAUGAGUUGGUGUGUACAGGUUUUGUUGGUUGGCGUACCCAGAUGGUUUUAGAUCUGGGCUGGUAACCAAAAGGUUAUAAUGAUAUAAUGAUGCGUUUACUGAGAAUGCACAUAGGAGUUUGGAAAUUAUUAUUAUAUUAGGAUGAGCGUUCAAGUCAAUUUUGGACAGAAUAAAAAACUGUAUCAUUUACAAUUACAGUGAGAACGUAUAAUUGAAUACAAUACGAAAAGGGCAACAUUAUAGUUGACAUGCUCCCAACUUGGUAAACUAUGGAAGCCCAUUUCUACCACAUAAAUAAAAGAAUAAAAAAAGUGCUUUGGUUAAUCAUAAUUGUCACUCUAACAAAGUCAAAAUUAUGAUAUAGUCAUAUCAUAAUAUAUAAAAACUUGAAAUUACAAGACACCAAGUUAAAAUUAUGGCACACUAAGUCAUAAUUAUGAGUCAAAAUAAUGAGAUAAAGUCCUAAUUGACAAAAUUAUGAGAUAAAAAGAUAACAAUUAUGAUUUAGAAUUUGGACUUUUUAUCAGAUAAUUUUAAUAAAUGUUUUGCUUAUGUUGCAGAAACGUUCUUCUGUAACUAUUGGCCUUUUAUAGCUAGACGCCUGAAUAAAAACAUUUGGGUUAAUGGGAAAAACAUUUAAGGGGGUACAGGCGCCCCCUUCAGUACUGAGAUUGUAAGUGCACAAGCAUCGGCUUGUUUGUGUGGAGUACAUUUCAGUGCCUGAAGAUUUGAAUUAUUUGCUAUGCAUUAAAUGUAAUUUAAGAUAAAGAUAAGGACUGACAUCUUGCUGUGUCAAACAUCCAGAUGGGAAUCACGUAACAUUACAUCCAAAGACAGAAAGAGCUAUGCAAAGUGUUAUUGAUCGGAAUGAGUCAGACAGAAGAAUACGCACUUCAAAGCAAGAUUCUCAACACUUUGAAGUGCUGAAUUGAAAAGCAAUUACUGAAAUUUUACUGAAACAUUAUGCCUCCUACAGCAAUGCAUUAUAUAUGGGCUUAAAAAAAAAACUGGAAUACUCAAAAUGUUAAUAUUGGUCAAAAUAUGCAGUUUGUUUAUUGUGACGUAUUAACACAGCAUGGCCCUAAACUUAAAAAGAAAAAUGUAUUAUGCUGUUGCCCUUUAAGAAUAUUUAUAAUGAUAAAAAUCAUGUCAUCAUCAUUUGUGGAUCUUUUCAUUUAGCACAGGAAAGCACCACUCACAUUCCACUGAAAAUCUAUAAAUAGGCCAUGCUAAGCCACACACACUCUUCAAAUGUGACUCAACUGUAUUUAUUUUAAACAAAUGACAUGAGUAAUAAUGUGUCAAUAUUUUUCUGCUAUUAUCCCCCAAGGAAAUUACCUGGCAGCUCUUUUCAUUUCUAACAUAUUGUUGAAUAAAUGCCAAAAAGAGUCGUGUAGUGUGUGUAUGCUGUGUGAUGCAGACUGCAGAAAUAUCAUUGGUAUUCUUACUGCACAUUCACUGAUGAGACACACCAAACAAUGACCCCAAACAUUUAUGAACACUUAGGAUACACUCAAACAUGUAUAAAUGUUUUUUCAUUAUAAAACAAAAUAUAAAAAAAUAGUGACACCUGCAAACAAAUGAAAUCUUGAAAACAAAUGAUGUUUGCUUUGAAUUUUGUUUAUAUAAUGCAUUGGCAAUCAUACAUUUUCAAGUGUUGCUUAAGUGUUUUUUUUUUCUUUUUUGUAAAAACAUUCCUGAUAUUGAGGCUUCAUCAUUGUGAUGCACUUGUUUUGAUUAAUAUGAUUAA